AUGGCUGUACAAUAUCGUUCCACGUUACCGUAUGCAUGUAAACAAGUGUAUCAUCCAUGGUGUGAGAAUUGUGUGGAAGCGGCCUGGUUGCUUACAGUUCCAUCAUUCCGAGAAUCCUUCAAAGUGUAUUCUGUUUUAUAUGCAGCUACAAGUAUUAUCAAACUGAGAAAAGUCAGGACAUUAAAACAGUUACGUGAACUUUUAAUUGGAUUUGCUACUGAAACAAUUCAAUCGACGAUUUUUCUUGGUACUCAUGGAAUGUUUUUUCUACCUGUUUGUUGUGGUGGAAGACGAUUGUGUGGACAUCUCAGUUAUUAUAAAUUAUAUUUUCAAGUGAUAUUUUGUACUUUUCCUGCGAUUCUUAUUGAACGUAAACAACGACGCGGCGCCUUGGCUCUUUAUAUGGCGAAUUUAGCAGUUGAAGUUCUAUUCAAAAUGGCUAUACAACGAAAAAUGUUUACGCCUCUUCAUAACGGAGAAAUUCUUAUUUUUGCUAUUGCAUCGGCAAUCUAUACAUUUAUUCUCAAAACAACAUCGGAUCAUAAACAUAAUAAUUUAUUAUUUUCUGUAAUCAGAUCACUUGUCGGUAAAGAAGAAUGCGCACCAUCGGUAGCAGUUGAAUUAAUACCGAAACCAAAACAAAAAUCAGUAUAUUUCGCAUUGCUUUACAAAUUAAUAAAAAAUAUAAAACGAUGGCCGAGAAUUCAAAAUAAAAAUCAGCCAAUAUGUACACAUAAAUAUCGUUGUUUUCUUCAUGUUCUUCUGGGUUUUAUCAAACGUUUUCUAGCUGGUGUAUUAAUACAGUUUAUCUUACAUUUCACGAGUUCACCUUUGAAAUUUCUACGACAUCCAACACAUUUUUUUGCAACAUUGACUAAAAGCUCAUUUGACUUGGCGAAAUUUCUCGGUCUUUAUUCAGCGAUUUAUCGAGCCGUUAGUUGUUUACUACGUAAUAUUUUGAAAUAUGAUCGACCUGAACAUGGCCUUCUAGCUGGUUAUUUAGCUGGAUUUUCAAUGUUAUUUUAUAAAAGUUCAACAUUAGCCAUGUAUAUUACUGGCAAACUGCUUGAAAGUAUCUAUUUUAAAGCUGCUCAUGAUGGAAAAGUACCAAUAAUCCGACAUUUCGAUUCGCUUUUGUAUUCCUUGUCAACAGCACUUGUACUUCAUGCAGCCGUUGUAGAACCACACGUAAUGCGACCGGGUUAUUACAGAUUUCUUGCACGUCUAACAGGCGGAUAUUUUUCACAAGUCAAUCGGCCUAUGAUGGAUAGUUAUGGCGUUUGCUCAUCGAAAAUGUUUCCGAAUUAUAAAUUACCUUCGAUUAAUUGA